AUGGAAGAAAACGUUUGGGGGGAUUCCUUUUUACCUGCAAUGCACUCUGGUAUUGAUGCUAAUGGAGACUCAAUACUUACUUCCAUUACAAACAUCAAUAAUGAAAAUGCCAAUAAUAAUGCUAUACACCAACAUCUUGACAAAUUGGUAUUUUCAAAUAAAAGCCAAAAUCAAAGACAAUCAACCUAUUUAGAUGAUAUUGAUGAAAACAUUAACAAAAAAUUAGCAGGCAUUCAUUUGUAUAAUGAUUAUUAUCAUGGGAAUAAGGAGAGUUCCUUGGACAUUAACUUGUCUCCUGAUAAUAACAAUGAAAAUGGUCAUAAUAAUGAUUCCUAUAGUUUUAGAGAUUUUGAAAGAUUUGACUUUAAUACUCUGCAAAAAUACCAAUAUUUAGAAUAUUCCGACUACGAUAUACCACAAAUUUUAAAUUAUUUAAUUAAUUUACCGACAAGUCAUCCUCAUUCAACCACUUAUCCUGCUGCAAUAUUAUUCCAAUGUGCUAGAUAUUCUGAUCAUAUGAGAAAAUCUAAAUCUGAUACGGAAUCUUUACUUUUUUUGGCAUUCACAAAGAUCACUUCAUGUAUAUCUACUACUAAUAAUCUCGAUACAGCAACAGAAACCACAACAAGAGACUCAAGUCAUAAUCGUUUUCAUAAUACACCCUCAAACAAAUCGGACAUAUUACCCAACAACGAAGCAGAUCAGAAUACAACAAAAAAAACAAUCGAUAUUGUCACUCAAUCUUAUUGGAUCAGUUCCUUAACUUAUUUGUAUUAUUUCCUAAGUAAAGACGAAUCUUUUUUUAAAAGACAUCCAAGCCUCUUACAGGAAUUGAUUAAUACAUUACGUAUUAUUAUGAACGAAUUGGUUACAUCAAUCCAUGAAAGAUUGACACCCGUUAUUCAGAAAACACUACUCAAUUAUACAACCAUUGAGGAAGUUAAAGAGACUUUAUAUAAAAGAGACUGGAAUUUCUUUAAAAAACUUAGACAGGCUAAGUUAGCUAAGAAGAGAGAACAAGCCAGAAAUUUACAAAGAAAAAAUGAAUUGGAAUUAAAAAACACUUUAAGUAAUACUAGUAAUGCCACUGCCGCUAAUAAUUCUGAUGUAAUUGAAGAAGAAACAGGUGAUGACGAAGCAGAAAAUGGAAUUACUAAUCAAAAUUCAUCAGAUGAUAAUACAAAUAAAUAUACUCAUAGGCCCAUAUUUGAUCCUGAAAUCUUGAAACAUUUAUACCCACCUUCUUUAGAGGAACAAAUGAAGCCAUCCCCCUUAAAAAUUGCUCAAAUUUUUGGUGCCUUAACAUAUGUUUUAAAUUUACACCAAGUGCAUCCAUUAUUCCAACAACAAUGUUUAUCAAUGGCCAUAAAUUGGUUUUCAAGUACGGUUUUUAACCAAAUAUUAAAAGAUAAAAAAAAAAAGGUAUUAUCAAGAGCUCGUGCAGUUCAGAUCAGAUUAAAUUUAUCAACAUUAGAGUCAUGGAUUAGAAAUAAUGAUAUAACUAUAUUAAAACCUAAGUUAAUUGACGAUUUUAUUUGGGAAAGAUUCCCUUUUACUUUAAUACAAGACUUAGGAGAUAUUGAUUUGAAUAAUCCGAUAUUGCAUAGUAUAACAACUUUUAAACCUGUUGAUGAAGAAUCGGGGAAAACAAUCACUGAUGAUACCAAUUCUUUAUUUUAUUAUCAAACAUUUCAUCAAAUUGCAUUUUCCCAUUUAAGUCCAGUAUUUGAAUUAUUACAAUGGUUACAAAUAGCUACAUCCAUUGACUCAGAGGAAUCUUUAGAAAAUGCAAUAAGUCUAUUACCACAUUUGACCCCUUCACAAUUAUUGAAAGCUAUCGAUAAAUAUAAUUAUGAAGUCAAUGAACAUAAGUUUAAUUCUAAAUUAAGAAAACAUCUUUUGAAAAUGGUUAAACUGUCAACAAUACAACAAAUUUAUUUGGAAGAAAAACAAAUACCAUUACUAUGUCUUCCUACUGUUACCGAAUUAACUGAUUCAUUUGCAAAUGAUGCAGAAAUUCAACCAUUUUUACCUGAUGACAUACAAGAUGCUAUUUACGAAAUCCAUGAUGCAAAUUAUAAGAUCCGUAUGAAUUAUAUGGAAAAAGAAGAAGAAAAAGAAGAAUCCGAUUCAAAUAGUCUGCAACAUAGUGAGAAUAACAACAGCAUAACGGAUGCUAAUCCAUUCACUAUUAAAAAUGAUAAAAGUGAAAAUGAAUCUACUGACGGAAUCUUUUCUACCUCCAUUAACGCAGUAAAUACCAACAGUGAUACAAUAUUUUCCAAUUUUACUGCACCAACAACAUCCGUAGCUGGUCCUUCAUGGGCUUUUAACAACAUUACUAAUAACAGUGGUAAUAAUAAUGAAAACAAGAAUUCUGCUGCCACUGAUAGUUAUAACUAUGAUUUUGAAACAAACCCAUGGUGA